AUGUCGUUGAGCAAUGCUGCAAGAGAGGAGAUUGAGGCCGCCGUGCGGCAUGCGGAAGAGACUGGGCAGGUAGUUCAGGCCCACCAUCAGUUGCUUGCAGCGUUGAAGAGACACGGCUUGAUCAGAGAGGGCGUGCAGCUGGAGCCUGAUCAGAUUGCAUGCUCGCCUCUCAACAGAGACGGGUUCGGAUUGUCGGGGCCCGACAUCCACGAACUUGUGGAGAAGGUGGCUCAGGUGGGAUGGAAUGACGGUGAGGCCAGAGGCAUAUGCCUGGAGUUGGCUCCGCACGACCAGCAGGUCAUUGCCUUCAAUAAGAAACUGUGUGAGGACAGUGGUGGCCUCAUACCGCCAAUCAAUGAGAUCUCAAUGCGCUACGCCUCGCUGGCUGGGUCGCACACGAAUGCGAUGUUGCGAGCCUUGCGACAUGAGGCCCUGCACCCGCAGAGUGGCCCGCUCUGCGUCGAUGGCCAUCUGAGCCUGGCCAGAGUGGAGGCCAUUGACGCAGGCUUUGCAGAGGCGGCUCGUUGUGGGAUGAGAUGGAAGGUGAUUAGUUUGGAGGUGAUGUGCGUGAGUGGCGUGAGCGAGUUGGUGCAGUCGGCGUGCAACACUGGCAGUCAGCUUGCGAAGGGGGAGCACGAAUUUCAGAUGCUCAAGCGGAUCUUGUCCAUGAUCCAGGUGAACCAGAAUGCUGAGUGGGACAAAGUCAAGCUUCGGAUCUUGGCCUCGAAGCCCAUGUGUGCCAGCGCGUGCCCGUAUAUGUUCACCUUCCUGAUGCGCUUCUACCAGGCUGACCUCUUUGCCAGGGCCGAAGAAAGGGUCAAGCGAAGCUUGCGUACGGGGCAGCUGGGCUCUGACUUCUACGCUGCCUUGAGUGGCAACUGCAAGGACCAGUCGCAGCAGCACAUGCACUUCCGCUACGCGGUGUUCUCUCAGGCGUAUGCCUCGGAGAAGAAGAUGAUCGCCGCAGCAGAUGUGAAGCGAAUGCUUGUGGCUCAAGAUCUGCAGCCAGGCAUCCUGAAGGCCCAGGACCUGAUGCAAAAGAUGCGGCCGCUGGUUCGUGAGGCCGGCUUGCAAGCGCUCGAGGCGCGGGACAAGUUUGAAGACACUCUGGUCUUGAUUGCUUUGCAGAAGGUCAAAGGCCUGGACAUGUCCGAGGCUUGCAGCAAACUUGUGGACGAGGUGCAAGCUUUGACUGGCAAAAGGAUUUGUGAGGAGUACGGCCAGCGCAGAGAGAGCUCUUCCGGCUCUUCCAAGGCCGAACAGUGUGCGCAGCACACCGAGCACCUUGCUACACUAUACUCCGGGCAAAGGGCUUACGACUCUGAGGGCGAGCUGCGAGAUCAGUCUGUCCUUUUGAAGGAGAAAGGCUUCCAGGUGGGCUCCUACGUGGUCCGCAAGAAGGACAAAGCCCGCGGCCAGAUCCGCUCUAUGGAGAGCUCGGUUGUUGUGCUGACCAUUGAGACAGAGUCCAUCAGCGGUGUGUGCAAGGUGGCAGUGGCCAGCUUUUUGAGGGGGGACUGGAAGAUCGUCAAGAAGCCCGCAGAGUCCCUCGAGUUCAGUUGGCCAGUGUACAAGGAUUUUGCAGGGACCAACUCUAACCUGUUGCAGCUCAUGGGAGUCCGCGGUCGCGUGGCGCAGGCCGUGCUGCAGGCAGGCAGAAAGUUUGAGCACACCAUGGAGGGCUUGAAGCUUCAAGUGAAGCCGAUGAGGAAUGUCGUGUGCCAGCAAUCUUUCCCAAAAGGGAAAAUGGUUUUGGCUCCAAGCAGUCACAAGUUGGAGACCAAGCCUGGCGGCUUGCCUCUCGGUAAGAUUGACGGAGUGCAGCUCUUUAUCCACUCUUCCUUUUCCCCACCAGGGAAGGACGGCAGCCUUGACCGCUCGGUGCUCUGUCCCUUCUUCAUGGUGCGCAAGACUGACCAGGAGGAAGAGGCCAACUGUGUCAUCUCCCCGAUGUUUGGCGAUGGCGAGGACAACUCUGCAGUGAAGAUCCCCCUUAUGAUCAACCAAAGGGCCUUAUCCGCUGGCGAAAGCCUCCUGCUUUUCUCGCCCAAGCCGGAAGAGUCUGAGCCUGAGGAGCUGAAGGUGGAGCCGCCUGCCCCAGAGCAAAGGCAGCGGAAGCGCCAGAAGAGCGCUCCUUGA